AACUAUCGGAGCCGCAUUGGUUUUUUCGAAAAAGCUCUUUCAUACUAAAAAUUUUGGCUUAGCAAUAAGUUUAGGAAUUUCUUCGGGAAUUAUGAUCGGUGUAUCUUAUCUUGAAAUUUUCAAAAAAUCCGUUGAACAUUUUAAAAACUGCAAUUGCUUGUGGAAAACGGGUGACUAUGAAAAACCUGCUUAUAUAAUGGCUAUAAUAUCGACAAUCACUGGAAUUUUAAUUAUGUUUUUACUUGAUGCAGCGAUUUUUAUUAUAAAAAAAGGGAAUCCAUUUAGUUCUGGAAAAAAGAAAGUUGAAACCCAUUUAUUUCCGCAUUUCCACCACAGAAACGAUACUAGAAUUCUUAAUACAGCUGUGAAGGGAGUUGUGGAUGGAACGACUCAAGAGCCCGCAGUUGGUUCAAACCACUUUUUCUCUGCUAGUCGUGCCAGCGGAAAUAAAGAGCUGCCUCUUAACGAGCACAACAAUACUUUAUUUCGUGAUGAACUUAAAAAGAGCGGCAAAGAAGAGCCUUCCGAAAAAAGCAGAGAGGUAGAUAAGGACAGUCAAGAAGAUGAUUCCUUAAAAAAAAAAAAAUUAAAGCAUUUGGGUUUAAUAACCGCGUUGAUUAUAACCUUGCAUAAUAUCCCAGAAGGGCUCGUCACUUAUAUCGCAGCCCUUCGAGAUUUAAAAAUAGGAGGAGCGUUAGCCUUUGCUAUUGUAGUUCACAAUAUACCCGAAGGGCUAUGCAUUGCCAUCCCCAUCUAUUACGGCACCGGAAAUCGAUGGAAAGGUUUCUGGUUCGGUUUUUGGUCAGGUGUCAGUGAGAUUAUCGGAGCCCUGAUUGGCUAUGCCAUCACUAAUUCGACUUCGGGAGAGCAGUAUUAUGCGGCCCUUUUUGGUAUUGUUGCAGGGAUGAUGACUGCUAUAGUUGUAAAAGAAAUGCUUCCUACGGCAUUUGAAUACGACCCUUCAAACAAAGUGGUCUCAUAUUCCUUUUUGGGAGGUUUUAUCGUGAUGUUGGUGAGCCUUAUAUUAUUCAACCUGUAAAGCAAUUA